UUUUAGGCUCCGGCCCCGCACGGAACGCUCUCCCGAAAUGCAUCCGCGCCGCAUCCUCAGCCUCAACGCCGGCACAGCGGCCCGACCCGCCGCUCCUGCAGACCCCGCGUAAGAUGCGCGGCCGCGUAGAGCGGCUCGGAGGGAACGUGGCGAGGAGCUCAGCCCCGGGGCUAUGAGCUUCUCCGGAGCCCGAGGCGUGGGGCGGCUUCCCGGCGGCUGCAGGACUAUAAAAUGGAUUUAGGAUUCAAAGACUAUACCAACAGGACACCUACCAAGAACACUUCUGCUACUACAAAGAAUUUUUCUGCCUGGGAGGACUACAAGAGCAGUGUCGAUGACAUACAGUACUUUCUUAUUGGGCUGUACACACUUAUAAGUCUGGCUGGCUUUGUGGGAAACCUGCUUGUACUAACAGCUCUAACAAAACGCAAGCAGAAGACAAUAAUAAACAUCCUCAUCGGUAACCUGGCCUUUUCUGACAUCUUAGUCGUGCUGUUUUGUUCUCCUUUCACGCUGACGUCUGUCCUGCUUGACCGGUGGAUGUUUGGCACCGUUAUGUGCCACGUAAUGCCCUUCCUCCAGUGUACAUCCGUUCUGGUUUCAACUUUAAUGCUAAUAUCUAUUGCUGCAGUCAGGUACCGUAUGAUAAAAUAUCCCCUGUCCAGCAGCUUAACGGCAAAGCACGGCUAUUUCUUAAUAGUUAUCAUCUGGGCCGUUGGCUGUGCCAUUUGCUCCCCUCUUCCAGUUUUCCACAGAAUUGUGGACCUCCACAAAAGCCUCAAUUUAGAGGCACUGGAGAACAGGCUCUUGUGUAUUGAGUCGUGGCCUUCUGACUCAUACAGAAUUGCCUUUACCAUAUCCUUACUGCUCAUGCAGUACAUACUGCCACUGGUAUGCUUAACUGCUAGUCACACCAGUGUCUGCAGGAGUGUAGGUUCCCGGCUGUCCAGCAAAGAGGGCAAAUUCCAAGAAAAAGAGAUGAUAAACCUCACCCUUCACCCAUCCAAGAGCACGGGCACUGAGGCACAGCCCUCCAGCCACACCAGCUGGAGCUGUGCCCUGUUCCGAAAGCACCAUAGAAGGUACAGCAAAAAGACAUCAACUGUGAUGCCAGCUAUUUUAAGGCAGCAUCAGGAUGCUGAUUUCAGAGACCUCCCAGAAACCUCUGGCACAGAAAAAAGCCAGCUUUCUUCCUCUAGUAAAUUCAUCCCAGGGGUACCAAUCUGUUUCGAGAUGAAACCAGAGGAAAAGACAGAGAUCCAGGACACGAUUACGGUAUCCCAAUCCAUCAUCAGAAUUAAAACAAGAUCCAGGCGAGUGUUUUGCAGACUGACAGUGCUAAUCCUAGUUUUUGGUUUUAGUUGGAUGCCUCUUCACCUUUUCCACAUUGUGACGGAUUUUAAUGCCACUCUCAUUUCUAACAGACAUUUUAAAUUAGUGUACUGCAUAUGUCAUUUACUUGGCAUGAUGUCCUGCUGCUUGAAUCCCGUCCUCUAUGGGUUCCUUAACAACAGCAUAAAAGCUGAUCUUAUGUCCCUUAUGCCAUGUUGCCAAAUACUUUAAUUUUAUGAGCCUCAAGAUGAAAUAAUUUGCCUUUCGUGCAUACCAAUGCAUAUAGCUGUAUGAACUGUAUUAAGCUUAAUUAGUCUGAUUUGGUUGUGAUUAGUAGCAUCUCAUGUGAGUGGGUAGUUCUAAGGCUGCAUGUGCAUUGGCCAGACUGUAUGAGUGUAUUAUAAUGUUCUUCUAUCUGUUGCACAUAGGAAAUCAUGCCCAGUGUACAAAACCAGAGUACAAAUUCCAUUACCUGAAAUAUUGCCAGUCUGUACUUUGGAAAUAUACAAAAUAUAACAUGAGUCAUAAAUGUGAGAAUAUCUAGACUUAUCAGU